AGGGUUUAAUGUCUUCUCUCAGGCAGCAAGUAUGUCAGAGUCUUCUUGGAAGAAAAAGAGUACUGGAAAUUUGCACAGCAGAAAAGGAAAACAGUCAACAGACAACACCUCCACAAAAAACAAGACUUUGCUCUUUGGAUACAUUCAGAGGCAUUGCAUUACUGGUGAUGAUAUUUGUGAAUUAUGGAGGAGGCAGAUACUGGUUUUUUGAGCAUGCUCCAUGGAAUGGGCUUUAUUUAGCAGAUCUUGUCUUCCCAUGGUUUAUUUGGAUAAUGGGAGUGUCCAUGGCUUUUUCUACAAGAUCCUUGUUACGUAAGUCUGUACCAAGAUGGAAAAUUUUCAAGAAUAUUUUGAAACGUUCCUGUAUUUUGUUUGCUUUGGGGAUAAUUUUGAACACUUAUGGGGGAUAUAAUAAUCUACAAAAAAUCAGAAUCCCAGGUGUCUUGCAGAGAUUUGGAAUAUCUUACUUUGUUGUGUCUUCAGUUCAUUUGCUUUUUACUAAGCCUAAUGAUAUCCAUCAGAAAAAAAUAUGGGCCUCAGUUCGAGACAUCCUGCCAUAUUGGUUGGAGUGGUUGAUCAUGUUUGGUAUCUUGUUAACCCAUAUUCUGUUGACAUUUUUGCUUGAAGUACCAGGAUGUCCCAAAGGCUAUCUCGGUCCUGGUGGUAUUCAUAAUGGUGGUGAUUAUUUCAACUGUACAGGAGGGGCAGCAGGUUACAUUGACAGGGUUAUUUUGGGAGAAGCACAUAUCUAUCAGCAUCCUACCAUAAAGGUCAUAUAUCUCACAGAACUUCCUUAUGACCCAGAAGGAAUUUUAGGAUUCUUGACAUCUAUUUUUUUGGUUUUCCUUGGUCUGCAAGCAGGAAAAAUUUUGUUGACAUACCAGGACUGGAAGCCAAGAAUUGGGCGAUGGCUUAUUUGGGGCACAAUUAUAGGAUUGAUUGCCAUCAUAUUGAGUAAGGCCAGCAUAAAUGAUGGGUGGAUACCAAUCAAUAAAAACCUCUGGUCUAUUUCAUUCAUCUUUGCAACAGGAGCAAUGGGUUUUUAUUUGCUGUCGAUCUGCUACUUCAUAAUAGAUGUAAAGAAAUGGUGGACUGGGGCACCAUUCUUCUUCUCUGGAAUGAAUUCCAUCUUAAUAUAUGUUGGCCAUUCUCUGACCAGUGAGCUGUUUCCAUGGACAUGGCAUGUAGGACAGACACAUUGGGAGCACUUGGCAGUAGACUUGUGGGGAGUGACACUGUGGGUGAUCAUUUCCAUCUGGCUUUACUAUAAAAAAUUAUUUUUAGCAGUGUGAUCAGUCAGUUUCACUGUAGCUGAAAGAGACUUCAGAUUUUUUUAUCCAAGAUUUUCAUGUGUAAUAUAAUAAUGGGGUACUUUAGUAUUGUUCAUUAAGUUGGUUAUGAAAUUUUUUUAAGCAUCAUAGGUUGGGUUUAUCUAAAAUGAAUUUUGUUGUUUUGUUUGUUUUUGUUGUUUUGUACCACUUUUACCUGUCUGAUGAUUCAGAAAUGAUUUUUAUUAUUCUAACAGCAUAACAGCAGUCUUUUGUUUCAACAAUCAUGCCAGCAAAGAUACCAGAAAAUUAUUUCCUGCUUUUUAGUAAAUACUGGUGUGUUUUCUUUUUCAAUAUAGAUUACUCAAGAAGGCUUCACUAAUGCUUGCUAUACAAGAAAAAUAUGUAACUAAAGAACCUAUGGAUCUAUGACCCACAUUUACAGGGAUGCUAUAAUGCAAAUUUAAUGCUUGAACUACUAUUUUGCAAUUUUUCAGUUUCAUAAUCAUUGCUGCUAUAAUGCAAAUUUGAUUUUUUUUUAACAAAUUUAUGAAUGGUAAUUAGUAGACCUACUUAUUCACGUGCUCUAAUGUAAAACAAUGCCAAAUUUGGGGCCCACUUUCAGGAAAUCCCUGUAAAAGUGUUUUCAUGAAAUACCUGAUUUCCCUAAGGUGUUAAGUGGAAAGUUUUACCUUUUGCAAACCUUGGGGCAGAGAUGAUUCGUUUGGCACCAUUUGGUGAAACCAUGGGUGUAUGGUUCACAUUUACAGGGCUUCUAUAAUGCAAAUUAAUGCUUAAACUACUAAGAGGUUAGGUGAAAAGUUUUACCUUUGUGCAAACAUCAUGGUCAAGAUGAGUUGUUUGUCAUCACUUAGAAAUUAGUGAAUCCAGCAGUUUAAGAGAAGGUUUUUUUUGGAAACUCCCAAGUUCCCCAAGGUGUUGAGUGAAAAAUUUUGUGCUAAUCUCAGGACCAAGACAAUUUGUUUGGUAGCACUUAAAUGUUGGUGCGACCAGCAGUUUAGGAGGAGUUAUGUGAUGCGCAGACACUGAAUCUUAUUACAUAGAUAUUUAUUAUUGGAUCUGAGAAACAACAUCUAGAAUGUGUAUUUUUUAGUUUAGUUACUAGAAAAGACAACAACAUAAUAUUUACAAGAAAGUCAAUUAAAUUAAUAUUCUUGAGGGUGAUGAAAAAAAGUGAAUACUAAAUUAAAUUUCAUUUGCCAUACAUUAUUUCAAUUCACAAAAAGUAAAUAUGUUAAUUAUUUAUGUUUUCAGUUAUUAAUAAUAACCAUUACCAAUCUCAGUUUUUUAAACCAAAAACAUAAGCAUAAUUUUGUAUCAUGAAAAGUUGCUCAUUUGCUUCUGAUUAGAUGAAAAAUUACUAUUUUUACAUGACCUGUAUUUCUUAUAUUGAGUAUUUAAUAAUGAAGUACAUAAAGUUAAAUACAUUAAUAUAUAUAUAUUUUAAUUCUUUGUACAUAAGCAAUAUGCAACAUUUAUUUCACUGAGACAAGUUUAGUAACAUUCUGUGUUAUGGAUGCUGGUUAAUUUAUCAGUUAGCAGGCAAUAAUAUUCAGAAUUUUAUUAAUUAGAAUACUUUAAGGAAAUUGUGUGAAGGAUUUUUUCGUGUGAUUAAAAAAAAAGAGGUAUAAAAUGGUAGCUGUUUUUAGGCUGAAAUGAUAAAGAAUAAAAAUAUAAAGCAAUGCUAAAUCAAAUGUCUAAAUGUUUAUCAAUAAUUUACAUAAUAAAGCAUUUAACAGAUUAGCUAAAUCAUAAUAUGUAGACUCAGUACUAGUUAUAACCUUAUUUAAAGUGGAUAUUAAUUCUUUUUUUUUAAUUUUUCUUUGACCACAAAACUAAAAUUAUAUUAAGGGUUAUUGCUUACUUCAUUGCACUUUAAGUUAUAUGUUGUAGUUUUGAUAAAAUAUAAGGCUAGAUGUUACAUUACUAACUUUUUAUACAUUCUGUAUGGCAAGUAGGUCGUAAUUUUCACUUGCCCUCCAUAUCCUUGUUUUUUAGAUUAAAAUUUUAUAAUAAAAGCAA